AUGUCCCAUCAGAGACCCCAUCCUCAGGACAGGACAUCCGCAUUCCUCCAGAGGAGCACAGGGACCCCUACAUUAGUGGAGGUCCCCACAGAGACCCCCACUCCUGAGGAGGUCUCAUCUGGACAGGACGUCCACAGUCUUCCAGAGGAGCACAGAAAAUGGGACCUUGUUCCAGUAGAACAGGCAGAGCAGACCCUCGUAGUGUCUGUGAUGGCUCGAAAGCCCCUGGACAAAGCCCCUCUGUCCCUGGACAUCAGAGCUCAGAUUGUGAUUGUGCGACUGCAGGACGCACAAUCACCUGUGGGCCCCGGCACCUCACACUUCAUCCAGAGUGAAGAUUUCACAGAGGCAGCAGUCAAACAUCAGAUGGUCCAGCUGGACCACUCCAGAGACCACAAUCACAGAAGACCAUCAGUUCAGCCAUUUUGUAAGAAAAUCAAGCGAGUGUGCCGCCCUACCUUCUCCUCAGACCUGCAGUUUUUUUCUUGUGCAAUGGACGGCCGCCUAGACGCUGACUUGUACCCGCUGGGAGCCGGCUACGUCCCUGAAAUUGACAGUGUCCAUGACAUAUCAGUUGGCACGAAGAGGGGAUCCGACGAACUCUUUUCUUCCAGCGUUUCCAACGGACCCUAUAUCAUGAACUCAGCCAAUGGCAACGACAGCAAGAAAUUCAAAGGAGACGUUCGUAGCCCUGGCGUCCCGUCACGUGUGGUGCAUGUGCGCAAGCUGCCCAACGACAUCAACGAGGCAGAGGUCAUCAGCCUUGGACUGCCAUUUGGAAAAGUCACUAAUCUGCUCAUGCUUAAAGGGAAGAACCAGGCAUUUCUAGAGCUCAACAGUGAGGAGUGUGCCCAGACUAUGGUCAGCUACUACUCUACUGCCACUCCAGUCAUCAGAAACCAGCCAGUUUUCCUCCAGUACUCUACACACAAGGAGCUCAAGACUGACAACUCUCCCAACCAAGUACGUGCUCAAGCAGCUCUGCAGGCAGUGAACGCUCUGCAUGGAUCCGCUAUGGGGGGCAUGGCUAUCGCCGCAGACACCAGCAGCCUAGGAGGACUUGGAAGUCUUGGGGGCCCCACAAGUCAAAGCCCUGUGCUCAGAGUUAUUGUGGAAAACCUCUUCUACCCAGUCACCCUGGAUGUUCUACACCAGAUCUUUUCCAAGUUCGGCACUGUCCUGAAAAUUAUCACUUUUACGAAGAAUAAUCAAUUCCAAGCUCUGAUCCAGUAUGCUGAUUCUAUGACUGCCCAGCAUGCAAAACUGUCUCUAGAUGGACAGAACAUCUACAAUGCAUGCUGCACUCUUAGAAUCAGCUUCUCCAAACUCACCAGCCUCAAUGUGAAGUACAACAAUGACAAGAGCAGGGACUACACCCGCCCGGACCUGCCCACCGCAGACGCCCAGCCGACUAUGGACCAUAUGACCGCUGCAGCUUUUGGUCCAGGCCUCAUCUCGGCCUCUCCAUAUGGGGGCGCUCAUGCAUUCCCACCAGCAUUUGCCAUUCAGCAAGCAGCAGAUAAUCGGUUUUGCUUUGUUCCAGGUUUGUCUAUGCCUGGUAUCCCCAGCGCCCUAGCGUCUUUGGGCGUGGGACAUUCAGGUAUGGCAGCUGCGGCCGCCGCUGCCUCUCGCCUCGGCCUCACGGGCCUCACAGCAGCCGCUGGUCACAACGUCCUGUUGGUCAGCAAUCUGAACCCAGAGAGCGUUACGCCACACUGCCUCUUUAUUCUUUUCGGUGUGUAUGGCGAUGUCAUGAGAGUGAAGAUUCUUUUCAAUAAGAAGGAGAAUGCUCUGGUGCAAAUGUCUGAUGGCACACAGGCUCAACUAGCCAUGAGUCACUUGAACGGACAGCGGCUCCAUGGGAGAGCCAUGCGCGUAACUCUGUCCAAGCACACAACAGUGCAGCUGCCUCGAGAAGGCCACGAGGACCAGGGCCUGACCAAGGACUUCAGCAACUCGCCGCUGCACCGCUUCAAGAAGCCCGGCUCCAAGAACUACUCUAAUAUCUUCCCCCCAUCAGCCACACUCCACCUCUCCAACAUCCCUCCGUCUGUGAUGGAAGAUGACCUGAAGAGACUGUUCGCGAGUUCAGGAGCCACAGUCAAAGCCUUCAAAUUCUUUCAGAAAGAUCGUAAGAUGGCUCUGAUCCAGAUGGGCUCAGUGGAAGAGGCCAUAGAGUGUCUGAUCGAGUUCCACAACCACGACCUGGGAGAGAACCACCACCUCCGCGUGUCCUUCUCCAAGUCCACCAUCUAA